AAGUAUCCAACUGCCACAUGGAGCCGAAGUCUUCACUAACCCACAACAUCCCAAAUGAUUUUGGAGAUCAUCCCUGGGGUUACGGAGGAGCUAUACCUCUGCACAUCACCAGCCAAAAAUGUUAUAACAAUACCGGCAGAAAAACAAGUAAAAUCCGCCUCAAUGACCAGCUCAUACCAAAACCAACUGACAUAAAUCUAGGGGAGAAAAUGAUCCAGAUUGCCACUCCAAAAGAGCAUCCCUAUUCAUCUCACAUCUCUCGAUUUGCAAUGUUCCCGUCCUUCCGUUCUCCAGACGACCCGGAAACAGGAGUCCGAGCUGCUUCCCAGCCUUUCCUCAGCCUCAUUAUGCCACACGGUGCACCGGACAUCAGCCUGCUGAGCAAAACUAAAGGUGCUCCACAUAGACAUGAGAUCAUAGAGACACCAGUUAAAACCAAGAAGACUGUUAAAUGGACAGGAGAGCAUGGCUUCUAUGAUAAAACAAAACUACUGAAGGGAGAGAACCAAGUUUUCUACCCUACGCCUCCAAAGACGGUCCUGCCAAACCCUAAAAUUCGUGACUGGGAUUUUUCAUUGUCGGAGCGGACGAGCAACAUGCUGAAAAACUUGGAGAGGGCACUUUGGGUCACCUCUUACCAAAUGCACUACACAGGAUUGGGACCAGCAAAUCCUUUAAAGAUGGAUGAUUUCAAGGAUAAAAUGAUCACUGGGAUUCUUUCACACACUGCACCAUUGCAAGAACGUUCCCAUCCUGAAUUUGUUCCCUCCAAACCCAAACAAGGAUGUAAAAGAAGACAGGGGAGGAGCACCUUCAGUCCCUCUGCUGCUGAACUCCUAAAAGCAGCUCUAAACCGAAGCUCUGCCUCGGCUACCGUGAACCAGCAUGGGCCACGAGAGAUCAGGGCUACGUAUAAUGAGGCACCAGAUCCACACCAAAUGGGUCAGAGUCAAUCAGAGUACAGCUCCACAGAAGCUCAGCACACCACGCCGUCCCAGGCGAUCUCACACAAACAGCAGCAAACUCACAGCAAAGGCUCAGCGCACGAGGGCAUAGAGAUAGAGAGAGAGCGCUGCAAAGUCCAGUUUGAUGAAAGUUUUAUGCGAGGAUCUGUGUCGCAGAGCAGCCAAGAGGCUAACGCUGCCCAGAUCUCAAACACGGAGCGACCCCAGGACCUGUACAGCCGCCCACAUUCCCAGGGAGAGAUAGAAGCCGACAUAAAGAAAAGCCUGAUGGAGCUGUGUGGAAAAGAUGCACCGAGUAGCAAAAAAGAGGAUCAACCUCGCCGUGUUAAAUCGCAUGCUGAGUUAUUAUCAAGGACAUCUGCAGGACAGGAGCUGCUGCACGGUAUCUCUAAUCCGAGCAUCCUGCCAAGGCCUCCUGUCCUGCCAAGCAUUCGCCCGGUGCACACAUAUGGGAAUGUUCGAAGAGGAGAAGCAGCUCAAAGCCUCCUGGACCUUCAAGAUUCAUUCAGUAAGACCGAAGCCCACCGAAACUUCAACAGCUCCAUCACACGAGCUGCUGUGGACCUGAGAGACAACGUGGUCAGAGGGAGAAAACACGACUUCUACGGGAUCAACUGCAACUACAUCCAUGGAUAAACUCAGGAACAUGAACUUUAACAGCUCAGGGAAUCAGAAAACAGCAAUCUGAAUCCAAGAAGAGACUGAAUACCCAAUUAUAAUUCACUAAAAGCUUAAUUGUAUAGUAUAUUUGACUUCAAAAAUUCUCAUGUACAUGUAUGAGGUUUGAAAUUCACUCUUUGAAAUUGAAAUGUGAGAUUUUUCAAUAAAAUCGAUCCAGAGGUUUCAAAGUCCUUCACUUGUCAUCGAUUAAAUCCUUAAAAAUUCAUUUCCAUAUCAUAUACCAUACAUACGGUAUAAGCAUUUCCAUGAAAAUUACACCUUCCUGCCUCAAAAUCAUUGAGAUGUAUCUCUACAUUGUUGCUCCCUCUAGAAUUAGCAGAUCUACUGCAACUCUGCUUAAACA